ACCAUCUCCUCCAUCGACGUAGACAGCAUCGGCACAUCUCACCGACAAAGCUUGCACGCGCUCUACUAGACACCUUGGCCUCCUGCUUGCUGUCCCUGGUUUACUAUAUUACCUGAAAAUCUUGCCUGGGUCAGACAGCGCUCGCCACUGACAUCGCACAGGCGUUCCUCUGUCUUUCAUCCCCAAGGAGCUUACUCGCACUAUAUCCCACCUGAGCAUACCCUUACAGCAUUUCAUAAUCCUACACAAUGCCUAUCCUUAGGCGGAAAAAGGUUCUCUUUAUCCCCCCGCCGCUUAUGACGGGUCCCCCCUCCCCGACCUCGCUCAGCUUUGGUUCUCUGCUACAUGCGGGCUCACCAGUUGCUGACGUGAAGAUCGAGGGUGAGGCAGAGGAGGCAGGGAAGAAGUCUGUGUUGACCCUCAGUCCGAGCACCCCUGUGUGGUACAUGAAGGAGACAGGGGAGAUAUUCACCACAUAUGAUGCCUAUUGUUCCCGACGCGCCUUCUACCUGCAACCUAUCUUCCAAUGCGAAGUCACCGGCAAAUCAGGCCUAAGGUUCUUCGAUGCCCUCCGCUCUGAGCGCGCCGAAGCCCGACUACUGGAAUCGCGUUUUCCAGAACAACUCAAGGCAUCCGUACUCAGGAGCGUGCAGUUCCAAGUUGUGGGCCGGCUGGAUGGGCUCGUAGACCGUGUUUAUGAGAGGUUCAAGGACAGGUUCUGGACCGGUGAGCGGGUCAUAGUCGACAUAGCAGGCGAACGCUUCAUCGCCACUAUCUGCCAGGUCUUCCCACCUCGCCGCCGCACCUCUAGCAACUCUUCCAAUACAGCAGUGCGCGAACCUGCUCCUAUCCAUCCAUUCCCAACAAGCCUCGACUCGCCACCGAUAGAUGAUGCUCAGGCAUACUUCUACAGCGUACAGAUAGUCGGUGGUGCUUCAGCUACCGGGCUCGAGAAGGACGGAAAGGAGGGCACACCUGCGAAGAGAGAGGACAAGCGCGAGGAUAAGCCCAGAGAAGGGAAGCGGAAGUCGGAGGCGAAUGGUGAGCCAGAGGGAAACCGGCGUCGGAGCCUCAGGCAGCGCAGGCAGGAGGAGGAACGCGACCGACUGGAGAAGAAGAGUGCCCCCUCCUCUUCUGCCCCUCCUCCUCCAGCGACGGGGGCAGUGGCAGUCGGGAGCAUGAAAGUCGAAGAGCCUGCAGUGGGAGAGGGGUUCAAAGGAUCUCUGAUGGAGGUCACUUCUUCCCAACUCUCCCGCGACAGACUGACGUUCUCCAAAUCCAUCCUUCGGCGGUAUCUUGCCGCUACCGUCGAGCGUGGUGCGGCACUCGCCUCUCCUUGGGAGGUGAAGCCCAGCCUGUGUAAACGGUAUGGGAUCGAUGCGCAUAUGCCGGAGGCAAGGAAAGAGGAGGUGGAGGUGAUCCGAACCCAGGCGUUGGGGAAGAGAAAGAAGGCAGUUAGUGAGAAGAUGGAGGAACGGCAGAGGGAAAAGAGAGAGGAGAAAGAAAGAGAAGAGAAGGAGAGGGAAGAAAGGGAGAGGAGGGAGAGGGGUGAAGAGGUAGAUGAGGAGGAGGGCAGGCUGAAGAAGAGGCGGAAGAGCGGGAAGAAGGGUGAAGAGAAGGCAGAGAAGAAAGCCGCCGCUGAGGCUGAAAAGCGCCGGAAAGAGGAGGAGGAGCGGAAGCGGAAAGAAGAGGAAGAAGCAGCGCGCAAGGCCGCUGAGGAAGCUGCUGCGGCAGCAGCAGCGAAGAAAAAGCCCGUGAAGUACCCCACCGAGGACUUGGACGUACGGGUCAACGAGAGGGAGAAGAAGCAUGGGAAGCCUUUGAGGAGACCGGUGUGGAAGAAGGACGUCUUCUUCGUAGACCUGGGGCAGGAGGUUUGGGAGACGUUCCUCGAGACGUGGAACUUUCUAAGCAUCUUCAGCAAACCCCUUCUGCUCGCCCCGUUCACUAUGGAUGACUAUGCCGGUGCACUCCGGCACAGGCUCGCCGACCCUCCCUGCGUGCUCAUCGCCGAAACGCACCAAGCCCUUCUCACCCUCAUCGCCCGAGACGUCCCAGGAAAACGACACACCGCACUUAUCUCGCUCGGUGUGGACGUCCCUGACCAGCUAGUGGAAUUACUGAACCAGACGGGAGAGAGCUGGCAGGCAGGCGGGUGGGAGCGGAAGGGACGUAUGGGAUGGGAGGAGGCGCUUAUCGGGUGCUUGAAGGAGCAUGCGACUAAGACUGCGCUGCCUCGAUUGCAGCUCAUCCUGGAGCAUCUAUUACUAGAAGAUGGUGCGAUCAAGGCCAAUGGGGUUGGGAAUGGUCGUACCAAUGACGGUGGCGAUUUGGUCGAGCGGGUCGAGCCCACCGUCGGCACGUCGGGGACAAGCACAACGGAGCCCCCCAGUUCACCCAUCACCGAGAUAUCUAUAGAAGGCUCGGAAGAGACCACAACGACGCCUGCGUCGCCCAAAACGCGCUACCCGACCCUUCCGAUCGCCGACAAGCUUGCCAUCCUCCGCUUCUUAACCGACCUGGCGGUUGUGAGCAAGGCGGUCAAGAGCUUCUUGGAGGCGGGAGAUGGGGCAUUGACGGAGCUGAGGAAGGAGAAAAUCGAGCUGAAUCGGGAGAGAAAAAGAGUUGCAGAGGAGUUGGCAGUGCUGGAGGAGAAGAUCAACCCUCCCAAGUCGGAAGCGGAAAUCAAGCAGGCCGAGAACGGCGAAGCUGCCGCGGCACCGGAAGAUGCAGAAAGUAGCAAACCAAACAAAGGGAAGAAAGCGGACAGUAAAAUCCCGAAAGCCGACAGUGCCGAUACUCCGCUGGGAAGCGAGGAAGCCGACCAGCUCGAUAUGGAUGUUAGCCCAAGCAAGAGCAAAAAGAGCAAUGUCAGGUCUAAGCUUGCUGAAACCCCCGUGGACAGCGACGUUGAUAUGGACGUUGAGGCGUUCGACAUGGAGCCUUCUAGCGACGCCGGCUCUGACACUGGAUCACCUGUACCGGCAAACAUUGAUCGACAUACCUCGCGCCAGAAGUCACUCCUCAAGAAACAUCUGCAGCGAGAGGCUGAAGAAGCCCUGGCUGCCCACCGUCGAUCCGCCGCCAGGACUGCCACUGCAGUACUGCGGCUUCUCCACAACGACAAGCGCAAGCUUGAAGAGGAAGAUGUCCGCUACAUCAAGCGGCUCGAGGCCAUCGAGAAAGAGUUCCGCAAACUGCUUGCCGCCCAACGCCAAAAGCCGCUUGGCAAAGACCGGUUCCAUAAUGUCAUCUGGUGGUUCGAUGGGAUGGGUGGUAUGAACCUGACUGGCGCAGGCGGGAAUUUCCUUUGGCAGACGGCAAGGGUGUUCAUCCAGGGGGCCAGUGAACCGGACCGUAGGUUCUGGGAAACCACGGAAAAUUUUGACGAGCGGGUCAAGGAGGAGGAGUGUGAGACAGGGCUCUUGGGGCCGGGUGAAUGGGCCUAUUAUGACACUCCAGAGGAUGUUGAGGACUUCAUCAUGUGGCUGAACCUCAAGGGCCGCCGGGAAUUCAAUCUUGAGCGUCAGAUCCACAACUGGGGCGAGUUCAUUGUUGGAGGAAUGCGUCGUCGUGCGAAUGAGCUCGCGGCAUCCGUCGGCCGUGCUCUAGAUACACGACGCAGUUCCCGGGUGAAGACGGGAAUGCUGGAGAUCAUGCGCGAGCCUUACAUGCAGUACACGAAUAAGAAAUCAGCACAUAAGUAACAUACCGGCUGGUUCCGUGUAUCUGCAUUCAGGAUGAUUA